AUGAAGGCCAGCUGGCUGAGGUUUGGAAUUCUAAUCAUCCUUCUAGGUCAACAAUCGGAGGGUCUAUUAUGGCCAGCCUCGUCUAAUUUGGGACUGACCCUUUCGGUGUCCACACCCAUUGCUGAACUCUAUCCCGAGCGUCGCAUAUUGAUCGAUUGGUGUUUUGCCAUAUCCUACAAUUAUCCUUACAACCUAACCGAGUUCUAUAGUAUACCCAUUUGGCCAGGAUUUGCCAACUAUAAAGCAAAACGGGAACUUACACCACGAAUGGAACUAACAAAUGAGAAUUUCUACACGAAGUAUGGACAUGACUUGGAGACUGGCAGGCAUCCCAAGGAUUUCUCUGCUGCGGAGCUCUAUGCCUUUCUUGAGGAUACUUUAGCGGGCUAUGGUUUCCAUGAGACGUGUCUUCUACGCAGUGUCUGCGAGUUGGCCCAACAUCCCUUCGAUGACAACCAUCAGCACAUGCUCAGCGAUAUUGUAACCUUUAUACUGAGUCCAUCCCAGCACGAGGGUUUCCUCGAUAACGAAACAGUCUACAGAAAAGCCUACGAACAGGCGGAGCAAGAUGGAUUUCUGGGAAGGGAUUGCCAGAAAUUAUACUCCCAUUGCCAGCACGACCUUUUAAAGCUCAUGAGUCAUGUCAUAUUUCACUAG